AUCCAGCCACUCGAAAUUGGAAAAUCCAUCGUCCAUGAAAAAUCACCAAAUUACCCUCGAUCUCGAAGCUGAAACCAAACCGGCUUCCAUGCCCAUUACGGUAAUUUCAUAUCCAGUUAUCCUCCACUGAUCAAAGUAUAGCCAUAGCCGCAUGAACUCGUCAACCACAGCUCAAUUUUCCCAAAAAAUAAAACAAAACAAAAUAAAAUAAAAGGAGUGGUUUUUAGCAGGAUGCAUUGCUGCUUCACUCUGAAGGUUUUCAAUGUUUGUCGGCGGGUCGGGUCAGACAGAAGCUGCGUAAUCCGGGCCCGGUUCAAGAUUCGAGCCAGAUGGAAGUUUCUAUAAAAUUAGAGGUGUUUUUGCUUCUUCUUUUAUCUUCAAAAUUUAGUUCAAUAGAAUGCAAAUCUUGUGAAUUGUAUUUUAGCUAGUUUGGUGGAAAGUAUGCAGCAUUUCUGAAGUUGAAUUUGUUAAUUAGUAAUCAUGAUUUUGUGUAUUAGUUGGUGAAUUGAUUUCUUGAACUGACUGAACAUGUUAUGUCAAUUAUUUUAUUGAAAAUGUGUAAUUAUAGUUAUUUAUAUUUUUAUAUACAUUCCUCAAUAAUGGGAGUGUAACUUGGUGAAAGUUUCCUCCUUCACCACAAAGGCAAAACCAAAGAAAUUGAGAAAAAAAUUGUUCUUGACCAAGAACUAGGAAUAAUGAGCUAAAGAUUAGCACCGAUCUUUGAAAAAUACAUCGUCCUUUCAUUGAAAAAAUAAUUUUUCAUAGAAGACUUGUGUUAAUAGACAAAGACUUGGUACUCUUUUGAUUGAAACAGCACAAGUUGGUGAAUAAGAAUAAAAUGUGGUACAACCGUACAAUCAAAACCAAAGAAAAGCAGAAAUCGAAUCGAUAGAGCUAGCUUUCGAGUUCAUGGCUUCACCCUCACAACCUCUAAACAAUGUGCAAUCUUCACUUGACUCAAUCAUGCCAUGGAUUGGCAUGUAUAUUGCAGCAGCCUCUGCUGUCUGCGCACUUGCAAUGGCAGCCGAUGCUUUCAUUGCCUUCCGAGGCAGAAAGUAUUGGCUCCCGUGUUACAAUUACUGGACUUUGAAACUGGUAGAGUGGAGAGGCAGAUCACUUCCUUUUCUAGUUCAAAACCGCUUAUGCAAGAGGCUACUUCGUGAUACACCGAGAUCUGUUCUGAAUUUCUGCAUUGGAGUUCAAAUUCUCUUUGUUUCAGCUAGCAAAUUAGUUGUAUUCCUCUCUGCUAGAUUUGUUAUUGUAGUUUCCUCAUGUUUCUACAAAAGCAAAAGACCUGUUUUAGUGCCACUCCUUGAAGGUGAGCCACAGUUACAUUCUAAAAUCCUCAAGAACAUCUGCAACGAGGCGGAUAAACUGAUACGUGUAGGUCAAAAAAAGCAGCCAAAAAAUCUGAUCCAACUUUUAGAGAAAUCUUCAAACUUGAAUGGAGUGGGACGAUUUGACAGCAAACAAGUUCCAAGCUUGCAUUCUCAAGAACCUCCAAAUUGCUGGUCUCUGCCCGUCGUGACUUUGACAGCCAUUUCACUUGCUCUUAUCGACGUUUCUGGUGAAAAUGCUAAACAGUUGGUUGGUUUCUAUUAGUCAAGGGCUGCUCAUAGUGGAGCUGAUCGAGGAAACUCUAGACAGGACUAGAGAGUUAGAAAGUAUCCGCAAAGCAGCAGAUGUUUUUUGGGUUGGAGUUGAAAUGUACAAAAAAUGGGAUGAGAUGGAUUUGAAGGGCACGAGAGUCAGAGGCGCAACACACAAGGAAACACUUCAAAACCUUUCUACCAUUGCAGAAAAGAUUGUGACAGAGUUUUUGGCUCAAACGAGUGAUAUUCUAAUGCAGAACCCUCUAAGCUGGCCUGUUAGAGUUAUAGCUGCUAACUCAAUGUACAUGAUUACUCAGACGAUCUUGCUAGGAAUGGGAGAUGGCGAGCACCAAGAUGAUGAUGAGCUGUUUGAGAGUAUAUCCAUCACCAUCUCGGAUAUACUAGCCGCAUGCCUCACCAAUCUAGUGCAAGUCAUAACGUUGAAGUGUCACAGAGAGGACAUCAGAGAAAGGGAAGAAAGUGUGAGGCGAUCUGCGAUUCUUCUUGGUGAAAGCAAGGAGAUUCUAGAAAUUCUGCAGCAGCGCGAGCUUCCGAGUUUGGAUGUGGAGAAAGCUGCUAAGAUUGACGAGUGGAGGGCAUCCAUGGCACUGGAUCAUAUAGACAUAGUAUAGUAGUACUAAUUUUCAUGUAAUUUAUCCAAAGUUUUUUUUUAUCAUGUGUGGUUAUAGUAACUUUUAUCUGUUUUGGGAUUUCAGUUGCAAAAUAAAAUGUGUGUUCUUAUCGA